UAGCCAUUACGCUAACUGCUGAUCCCCAAGUUCUCUUUUCUUUGCUUCUUACAAAACAAAAUAAACCAAAAAGCCGGGUAAGGUUGAGCCAGGAAGCAUCCUUUGAUUCCUGUACCACCUGACAGACCUGUCAUGCUCCAUCUUGUACCCCAGUGUGGGGACCAGACUCUGUCUCUCCUCCCUGGGUAGAGGCCUGGCCUAAGGGAAGGGGAUGGGAGCAUAAAGGAUGGGUUUUCAUCCCACCCUGGGCCACUCCCUCUGAAAGAGGUGGCCAGAGGGCCUUUCCUUCCCACCCUGCCUACUCUGGGGACACCUACAGGACUAAGACUGCUUGACCACUCCCUAGAGGUCACCUGAGACGACCCUGCCCCUACUGCCCAGCUCCACCCUAGUGCUCCAGCCUGCCCACCUUACUGAUGGCCCCUGCUCUUCCUCCUCUUCCUCCCUCCCUUUGAAGGCUGCCAGGCCAUCCCCAGUCCUUCCGUCCCCCCAGUCUGAACUGUGGUCCCAAACCAGACUGACCCAGCUGUGCCCAGACGGUUCCACUCACCACUCCCUGUGUGCCUUUGUGGCCCGUGUCUAUAGGAAGUCCAGCAUAGUCACCCUGCCUGGCCUGAGGCUCCUAAGUUUCUUCUACCUACAUCCCCCGACCCUGCCCUGCCCAAGCAGCCUGCCCUCCCACCAUGUCUCCAGGAGCCAUCCUAAACAUGCAGGUGGAGCUGGUCUUCCUGCCUCUCAGAACCCUUCCAGGCUGGCAGCAUCCUGUCUUUGAGGAUGCACUCUCUGUGGCCAAGUCCUGUGUCCUUGAUCCCUGAUGGUGCCUGCAGGGACCCUUCCCCUCCUCGGUGUGAGACAGCCACCCCAUCUCUGCUCCUUCCCCAUCGACUGCAGCAUGUAGCUGUUUGAUGAGAGUCACCCCUUGCCUCGUCCCACACUGGGCAGUGAUUCCAUAGAGAUGAAGACUCGCACCUUUGAGCCUGAGUACUGAAUGCAGUCGAAUGCCGUGUCUGUGGGAUGCCCCUUCUGCAUGCUGCCUUCAUCAACCCUGCAAGUUCAACCCUGCAGGUGAGCUGCACGUUCCUGUUUGGGCUCUGCCUCCAAGAUCAGGACCCCACACCCACGCUCUCUUCAGACCCCUGGCUCCGGCAUGGAUGUAUACAGCAGGCUCAGGGAGGAUUAAAUGGGCUUGAUUGUACCUGGCUUCUCACGGUCGGGAAGCCUGAGCGUCUCUCUCCCACCCCCAGCCUGGCUCCCACCAUGAGCGCUGAGCUCAGCGUGCCUGUGGACCCCUGCACUCCUGCCUGCCCUGAGCCCGGCCACAAGGGUAUGGAUUACCGGGACUGGGUCCGCCGCAGCUACCUGGAACUGGUCACCUCCAACCACCACUCGGUGCAGGCUCUGUCCUGGAGGAAGCUCUACCUGAGCAGGGCCAAGCUGAAGGCCUCCAGCAGGACCUCAGCCCUCCUCUCAGGCUUCGCCAUGGUGGCCAUGGUGGAGGUGCAGCUGGAGACGCAGUACCAGUACCCACGGCCGCUGCUCAUCGCCUUCAGCGCCUGCACCACGGUGCUGGUAGCCGUGCACCUGUUUGCUCUGCUCAUCAGCACGUGCAUCCUGCCCAACGUGGAAGCCGUGAGCAACAUCCACAACCUCAACUCCAUCAGCGAGUCGCCACACGAGCGCAUGCACCCCUAUAUCGAGCUGGCCUGGGGCUUCUCCACCGUGCUAGGCAUCCUGCUCUUCCUGGCCGAGGUGGUGCUGCUCUGCUGGAUCAAGUUCCUGCCUGUGGAUGCCAGGCGCCAGCCCGGGCCCCCACCCGGCCCCGGUGGACACACGGGCUGGCAGGCCGCCCUGGUGUCCACCAUCAUCAUGGUGCCUGUGGGCCUCAUCUUCGUGGUCUUCACCAUCCACUUCUACCGCUCGCUGGUGCGCCACAAAACUGAGCGCCACAACCGUGAGAUCGAGGAGCUGCAUAAGCUCAAAGUGCAGCUGGAUGGGCACGAGCGCAGCCUGCAGGUGGUGUGAGGGUUGGGGCGCCACUCCCCUGGGUCGGCGAGGGGCCUGUGGUGGGAAGAGGGCGGGGGCUCGCUCACCAGGCUGCUUAGACACUGCCAGACGGUUGAAGACCAAAGUUUUACUCCUGUCUUAAUGCUGUAACAACCUCGGUAACUUUCCCUUGGAAAAUGAACUUUUGAGCUAAACCAGAGACUCUGCUGCUAUGAGCUCUGGGGUGAAGAAAGUCUGGAUCUUUGGCCCUGGGGACUUCGUGGGUCUAGAGUAAGCUUGAAGGGGUUCCUGGGGCAUCUGCCCAUCUGCCCUGCCCCAGGAAAGGCUUGGAUCGGGAUCCCAGAGGCCUGGAAGGCAGGGUGGUGAGGGCAGGGAGAGUCUGGGUAGGGCCGUGAGUUCAGAGAUGGGAUUGCCCCGGAGACUCAAGGUGGGCUUCAGGGCUGUUGGCUGGUAUGUCUGGCGGUGAUUAGACAGGGACGCUGGCCACUGACGGUGCAGGAUUACAGCUUGGCUUGGUGCUUCCCUCUAUCCUGAAGGGAGUUGGGCCGCCUGGCUUAGAGGGGGAGGCAGGAGCGUGGGGCACAUCAGCUCCACAGGUGUGGCAGGUGCUGCAGCCAGGUGUCAGCUCUCAAGUCCUGGGGGUGUUUCCAAAGUCAGGAGGCCUGGCCAAGUCGAGGAGGCAUGUCGCAGGCAUCAUGCAAAAUGCCCACUAGAGGCCGAGUUCAUUGAGGGUACCAGAGUGAAUUCUCUUUCCCAGGCAGGCAGUUGAUAGCCCUGGCCACAUUGACUCAACCAUACUGGGGGAAGGUUCACAGUCCCAGGGUCUCCACCUCCUGGCCACAGAAUGGCCAGGAGCCUGAGUCAGCCACCCUCUGAGCCGCGUCAGCUGCAGGUCAGGGGCAUUCUCCCAGGCGCUCUGCUGCCCAGCUCCGUGCUACACGUGGCUCAGUGAAGGGAGAGCAUGGGGGCUUCCUGUGUAGAUAAGGCCCAAGAACUGGUCUGUGGACAGGGGGGUCAGGGAAAAGCCCUGGCCAAAUGCAGGCCCUCCUCUUUGUGACACCAAGCAACUGCAGGGAAGGUGAGACACCCCCUGCCCCAGUGCGUCCUUGCUGGGCCCUCCAGGCCUCUCGCUGGGCAAGGUCCCAGCUCACGUUUACACAGUUGUGCAGUUUGGCAUUUUCUCUGAGGGCAUCUGGUAGACCUGAGCCCAUGUUUUGGGGCUGUACACAUAUGUGCUACAGCAACAGUUUAUGUGGGAGCAUGCCAUACCCCGAGCUUUUAGAAACCCUGUGUACCCCAUUUGCAAGCAGCAGCCUGGAGAGGGGUUCCUUGCUUUCAUCUUCCUAGUCUGGACUUCCUGUCCUGAUUACACUCUUGUAACAGCUUGCUAUCUUGGUGGGGUCUGAGCCGUCCAUACCCUGGCAUCUUGGAAGACCCUAUUGGGGUUUCUGGGAGUGCGAUGUGCUAUGGGGCAUGUAAACCUUAACGCACAACUCUGAAAUGCUGUGAACCCCCACCGUAAAUCAUAACUUCUAUGCGGAGCCUGGACAUCAUGUUCCACGGGGUGUAGAACCCUGUCUUCUGUCCUUUCCUUCCUUUGCAGAUGUCUCUGUCUGCCCUCUAGCGCAUGUCUGUACAUCUCUGGAGCCUUGUUGAAAAGUCUCGUCUGGUCUAAUAUGUGCUUGCUUUGCUGAAGAAUGUCAGUGUCACUGCAAGACAGCUACUUGUCCUGGCAGGGGCGAGACAGGCUGGCCCUUAUGGAUGAGCAUCUCCCCAUGCCUGGGAGGGAGCCAGCAGGCCUUUUGAGAAGGGCCCUGUUGGACAUAGCCCUGCUGCCCACACUCCUGGGCCACCUGGUGCCCCAGCCCUGGAGCACCAAGCUUCCCGCUGUGGAAAGCCCACCCCAGGACUAGUGUUACAUCUGGUCCAGACAGCCUGUAGCCUGGCCUGGCUGCAGCAGAGUCAGACAUUAGGCGUCCACCAACGGUGCCAUGGAUAGGGAAGAUGUCACACCCCUUGCCCCAACUCCGAUGAGAGCAGUCUUGUGUUUUCUUGUUCUUUUUAUCCAGAGUGCUGUCCCCCGCCCCAGCCUUUCUAGUUCUGAGGCAUAAGGCAGACAGACUUUGGGAACAGAGGUGACCACAGGUGUGGGGAAUGGUGGCCAAGAGGGGAGAUCUUGGGGUCACCCUAGAGCUUGUUGGGGAGAUGGAGGACAAGCUGCCAUCUGGGGCCGUAGUACAACUCGGAAGCGCAGGAUUGGGGAUGGAAAAUUUGCAGGCUAGACAUCUGGUCUCUGGAGGUUAACCUGAUUUUGAAGAAUUCUAAGAACAGUGGCCAGUGCUGUGGGAAGGUGCCACGGCCACCCUGAUUCCGUCAGAGCGGAAUCUUCCCAGUGCUUGGUGCUCAGAACAGAUGCUGGGCUUUCCCCAAGUAGAAUGCAAUUUCCGUUUAGUACCAGAGCGUAUUUCGAGAUGUGUGUGUUUCUGUUUUAGAAACUGUGAGGGCAGAAUGCGUUCCAGCAUCUUCUAGGAAGGUCUGUUGAGGAUAAGCCAUAUGAGCCUGCAUGGGCCCAGGUCCACCUGCAGCCGUGCCUGCCUUGCGCUGAUUAUUUAUGCAUGACAUUAUGUAGAUUGUGUAUGGCGUACUAGCCUGCCUAUGGAUUUUUAAAACAGUUACCCUGGAUUGAACUGAAUAAAACAGUCAAGCAAUUCAAAGCUUUCUGCUCUCAGGAGGACACUGUGGGCAGGACCCUGCUCCUGCCCUGGGGUCUGCUUAUAUGGCUGACUUGACCCUCCUCCUGGCCUGUGAGCCCUUUUGGAGCUUCACCUGUUUCUUUCUCAGGUCCUAACAGGCUACCUCAGUGAGGGGGAGAGGCAGGUGCACUGACCCAGACCUGCUGUGAGGCUCCUGCCAGUCACGACCCCCAGACAGUAGCACUCCUUGGCAGUGCGUCUCUGCCUUCCCAUCCUGAGCAAGGCUCAUUUUCCAGUUAGAGAAAGGAGAAGCCCUUGUGGGUGGCUGAGUGCCAGUAGGGCCAUUGGUAAGGGGUCAUCUUGAUGGUCCCUCCAGGAGCCACCAAAGCUCCAGCCCCUAGGACAUUCUCCAGCCUGUCUAAGGCGCUGGGACCACUGCCCAGGUGUCUAGCCAGAACAUGUAGAUCCUACCCCUGGCCUGGUGGCAUGGUGGCACUGAUGAGGAAGCACCCAGACAGUCACCCACUGGGGUGGAGGCCCAUGUCUAGGAGAGAAUUCUGUCUUUUAUCAGGUUUUGCUUCCUGGCAUUUCAACCUAGAGACUCAGGGGUGCAGAGUGGCUGGUGCCACUGUGGACAGAGUCUGGGGCAGUCCAGUGUUCUGCUGACCCAGAGGGGUCAGACUGCCAACUGAAGCCCAGUGGAGUGGCCCAAGGCCCGGGCUCAGGACAGGCCCUGGGCCAGCAAGCCCAAUUUUCCAGCCUUGAGUAAGAUAGCACUUAAAGUGAAGGCUGCUGUUUUGUUAGAGACAACAGAAAAAGAAAGUGGCAGCCUUCCUCACCACCUCAAGGGCAGGGCGUGACAAGCUGCUGUCAGCCCCAUAGCAGGACCCUUGUGACACCCAGCAGACCAUUGAGAAGGCUCUGUCUUGACUCAGAUGCGCCUGGAAGGCUGAGGGUGAG